GUCUAUUUUUGUUGUGCCUUGUCGAUCAUAAACAAAAAUGACUUGUUCAUUUUCCUGACAUUAAUUUCUUAGACCUUCAACUGUAAAUCAGCUCCUGGUUCACCUCUGUAAUUGGUGGCGGAACUAAUAUUUACAGCGGUGAAUCUGUAGUCUCUAGUCACCAACUCAAUCAAACAUAUGUUGCAUGCAUUAUUGAGAGAAAAUAAUAAUUGAUGUCCAGAUAAAUGCCAGUCACACACGUACAGAAGAUUCACAUGCCAUUCCAUCUUCUCUUUGAAUUCAAUUCAGUUCAAUCAAAAAGAUGAAUACGAAUAUUUUAAAAGUUAUUAUUACCGUGGUGGGGUCCUAUCAGAGUAUGCUCUAACUGAACCGGGUCCCAAAAAUAUCCUCCCCAUUCUGAUGAUUCACUGAUAUUCAUUAUAAGUAGGCAGCUCCCUCUGAAACACAGAAGCUCUACUUUCUUUUGUUUCUUAGAAGAAGAAGAAGAAGAAUAUCAUCAAACACACACAGAGAAUGAGUAGCAGGGGUAGUAGUAGUCACAGGAGUAGGAGAGUUUCACCUGCAGCUGCGGUAACAGCUAGAACUAAAACCAGGAUCGGGAAAUAUGAGAUGGGGAAAACAUUAGGAGAAGGAAGCUUUGCUAAGGUCAAGUAUGCUAAGAAUCUCGAGACGGGCGACAGCGUUGCUAUUAAAGUCCUUCAAAAGGAUCAAGUUCUACGCCAUAAGAUGGUCGAGCAGAUAAAAAGGGAAAUUUCGACCAUGAAGUUGAUUAAGCAUCCUAAUGUUGUCCAGCUCCACGAGGUCAUGGCAAGCAAGACUAAAAUAUAUAUAGUGCUGGAAUUCGUUAACGGAGGCGAACUGUUUGACAAAAUAGUUCAUCAUGGGAGGCUUAGGGAGGAUGAGGCUAGGAGAUACUUCCACCAGCUCAUCAAUGCGGUGGACUACUGUCACAGUAGAGGCGUCUACCACCGAGACUUGAAGCCUGAAAAUUUGCUUCUGGAUUCAUACGGAACUUUGAAAGUUUCAGAUUUUGGAUUAAGUGCAUUCUCACCUCAAUUGAAAGGUGAUGGGCUCCUUCAUACGGCAUGUGGAACCCCAAAUUAUGUUGCUCCUGAGGUUCUCAAUGAUAAAGGUUAUGACGGUACAACAGCUGAUAUAUGGUCUUGCGGGGUUAUCCUUUUUGUACUUAUGGCUGGUUACUUGCCGUUCGAAGAAUCUAACCUUUCAGUUUUGUAUGAAAAGAUAUUCCGUGCUGAAUUCACAUUCCCUUCGUGGCUCUCCUCCGAUGCUAAGAAAUUGAUUAAGUGCAUUCUCGAUCCAAACCCUGAAACCAGGAUAACCAUUCCAGAAAUUUUGAAAAAUGAAUGGUUUAAGAAGGGAUACAAGCCACCAAGCUUUGAACAUGAAGAAGACGUCAGCCUGGAGGAUGUCAAUGCUGUUUUUAAUGACGCAGCGGAUUUUCUUGUAACUGAAAAGAAAGAGAAGCCCGUUUCAAUGAAUGCGUUUGAGCUUAUUUCAAGGUCUCAGAGCUUCAACCUUGAAAAUUUGUUCGAAAAACAAGCGGGUCUUGUGAAGAGAGAAACAUGUUUCACUUCGCAGCGUCCUGCAAACGAAAUAAUGUCUAAAAUUGAGGAAGCUGCCAAACCUUUAGGUUUCAAUGUGCACAAACACAACUACAAGAUUAAGUUGCAAGGCGACAAGACAGGAAGGAAGGGCCACCUUUCCGUUGCUACAGAGGUAUUCGAGGUGGCUCCAUCUCUGCAUAUGGUAGAGCUUCGCAAGACCAAAGGUGACACCUUGGAGUUCCACAAGUUCUACAAAAGCUUCUCGUCUGGCCUACAAGACAUUGUUUGGACCUCUAAAGCCAUCACAGAAGAGUCGAGGUGAUUUUCAGAUUCCUUUUGGAUCAGAUGAAACCGGCCGUCAUGCUAUCCAAGCCUGGGCAAAGCUGCAUGCUGCUUCACUUCUCUGCCUGGUCACCUUCUGUAACUCUUUUGAUUGUACAUGUUUGGGAGAGUUAGUAAUUGUACAUUCAAUGGUCCAUGUAAAACAUGGAUGUGCGACAUGAGUCUCUUUUUGCUGUGAGAAAGCAAGCCCCUUUCUGACUGAAGAUCAGUCUAUUGUGGGUGUAAAUGUCACAAGAUCUAGAAAUCCCAGGAUGUUAAACGAGUUUCUGAAAUGGCAAUACACGUGAAGUUUAUUCUCCA